UCGAGCAACGUCUCGUACCGCUCGCACCGCAGCGUCCGCACCGGCAAGGCCCGCGCAGGGCUGCUCAACCACCACCACCUCAGCAGCUCCGCCAGCAGCAUCGCCGAGAGCGACAAGUCCCUCACCAGCUUCCCCAGCUUCUCGCCCGAGCUGCCCGCCACCGACCGCUUCGCCGACGCCUACAGCGACCUUCGUCAAGACCACGACCGCAACCACGACCACGACCAUGAUAACAACCCCGACCACAACCAGCUCAAGGCCGCCAUCCGCCAGCCCGACAGGCCCGCCCGCGUCAAGGCCCUCAGCGGCGCCAGCGCCGCCUCCUCCAUCGUCGACAGCCUGACCUGGCGCAACUCGGCCCGCGAGGCCCUCUUUGAGGAUGCGCCCCUCUCGCAGACGGUCCCCGGCGCCCUGCACAAGGCCGACGACAAGCACCUCGAGCGCCUCGUCGCUAGGCACGGGGCCGUGUCGCUCGUCAGGCAGAUCGCCGGCGACCUUGCGCAGCGGGACGCCCAGAUUGCCAACCUGCGGCGGCGCGCCGACGAGCGCGAGCGGGCGCUGCGCAAGAUUAUACGUGAGUGCGGCCUGUCCAGCCUCGAGCUCGAGACGAGACUCAAGGUGGUGGAGAGCGAGCUGCGCAGCAACGGGCAAUUCCAGCGGGACGGCGGCGGGCUCAGCGACCUCAUGAGCGACGCCAUGCGGGACACAGUUACGGAGAGCGCACUCGGCGAGACGGAUGCGGCUGGCGGUACGAUUCGGGCCAGCAGCGUCGCCUCUGCGCCGGGAAACAGCUCGGAGAGUCCAAAGGGGGCCGGCACGCUCAAGGGAUGGAAGGACUAUCUCUGGGGCGGCACGUCUAAGAAGACGCCUUUGAGAGACGGAUCCAACAGGUCGACUGUCAUACGAUCGCAUUCGAGCCUCGGCCAGCGACCGCCGCUGCAGGACGACCUCUUUGAGCCUCCGACCCAGACGACCAGCAACUCCGGUAACAACAGCUCUAGCCGGCCGUCUAGCAUACACUCGGCCUCCACGCCCGAACGGAAAUCCAUCGCCAGCUUGACGCUGCGGCUCGUUGCCGGCGGCGCCGUCGCGAGUCGCGAGGCCGAGGCCAGGGGGCGUGCCGCGAGCAGUGCUGCCCGGUCGGAGGCGGCCAGGACGGGGUCCGUUGCCAGCAACCGCACCAGCCGCUCGUCGCGCGCCGUGUCUGUUGCCGGCGGCCCCAAGGCGCUCAUGGCUAUGGGCCGGUCCACGCCGUCGACGGCCUCGGCCAGCGCCAAGCUGCAGACCCAGGAGGUGCGAGGCAUCGGCUCCGGCAGCUCACCCGGCUCGUCCUCCCUGCGGCCCGAUAACUUUGGGCCCGUCGAGAUGGACGCCAUCCUGCCUCCCGAGUCCCAGCCCCCGACGCUGACGCAGAUGUACAACAACUACCCCAACAGCGAGUACCUCACGGACCGGUUCGGCUUCAUAUACGACCAGCGGCGCAAGAAGCGGCAGCGAGAGGCUUCGCAGAUGGCGCACAACAUCCGCAACGGCGGUCGCCGAGAGAUGCUGGGCAACGGCAACCGGGCAGGCAUCCUGCCCAACGCCAUGGACGAGCCGCCCAGCCCCAAGAUGAGCGUGUCGAGCGAGCCGCGGCCCGGCAGCCCCAGCUCGCAGGAGGAGAGAGGUCCAGGGGAGGAUAAGGCGAAGCGCUGGCAGGACUACCUCAAGAUCGCGACGUUUCCCACCGAGCUGCUGAGCCACACGCCGGGCAUCAGCGCCACGACCGUGUCCGUGACCGAGGGCACCGACGACCGGGCCAGCACCACGUCCAGCCACCGGCUCGUUGAGCGCUCGGCGCGGUCGCCGGCGAUCACGCCAACCGAUUCGGGGCUCAUGCCCCUGGCAAGCACCACGACGGCCAUUGACAACGAGACGACGCUCACGCAGCCGCCGUCGGAGCAGCAGCAGCAGCAGGACUCGACGUCGGGGAUGCUCGUCAAGGAGGAUGCGGAGCCGGUCAAGCUGCUCCUCCAGCAGCUCAGCGACCUGCACGACUCUCUACAGCGGGACAAGACGGCGCAGUGGAACGAGUUUCUGCGCAAGGUGAGGGCGGAGAGGCACCGCGAGGGCGAGGCCGCUAUCGCCGCGGCCACGGCGGCGGCGGAAGCCCGAUACGAGCGGCCGGGUAUCAUCCUGCCCGAGGCCCGGGUGGCGGACGGCGAGAUGAUUGGCAUCUCCAACCUGGGCAACAAGGGCAAGGUCGGGCGGGCCAAGUGGAACGGCUUCAAGGCACUGGUGCUGGGCGGCAUCCCCGUGGCGUACCGUGCAAAGAUCUGGGCCGAGUGCUCCGGGGCGGCGGCGCUGCGCAUCCCGGGCUACUACGACAGCCUG